CGUGCCUUCAAUAUUGUCAGUUUACCUAUAAAACAGUUGAGUUAAUUUCGUCCUGCAAUUUAAGGAUUGCCUGGUGCGCAGGGUCACAUAAAACUUAGUAAUGAAAUCAAGGGCAGAAUCGAUCGUUUUGGGCUCUUUACUUCUUAGUUUGAUCAUCACAAUAGCUUAGAAAUGUGAUUAUUUUUUGUUGGUUGGAGGACAGAAAGUGCCUGCUAUUUUUAUGUUUGGAGACUCCUAUGGAGAUACAGGGAAUAAUGAUUUUAUUUGUACGAUAAUCGUUGGUGAUUUUCCUCCAUAUGGAAGAGAUUUCAAAGAUCACAUUGCCACUGGAAGGUUCUCCAAUGGAAAGCUCAUGUCUGACUACUUUGUUGAAGGUCUUCGAGUCAAGGAAUUCUUGCCUCCAUAUUUGGACCCUAAGCUCAAGGCCCAAAACUUGCUAACUGGUGUCUGUUUUGCAUCUUCUGGUUCAGGCUUAGACAAUCUCACCGCCCAUUUACUGGAGGUGAUACCAGUUUGGAAACAAAUUGAGUAUUUUAAAGAGUAUAAAAAUAGAAUAGCAGGAUUGGUGGAUGAGGAACAGGCCACCGCCAUAAUUAAAGAGGCAAUAUUUUUCAUUUCGAUAGGCACCAAUGAUUUCGCUGCCAACUACUUCCUAUUCCCAAUUCGUCGACUUCAGUUCACCGUUCAAGAGUAUACAGAUUUCCUCAUGGAUAUAUAUGCAGUUUAUCUCAAGGAAUUAUACAAUCUGGGUGCCUCUAGAAUUGCUUUGAUUAACGUUCCACCAUUGGGAUGUUUACCAAUAGAGAGAACGCUUACAAGCCUUUGGAACAAGGGAGCAUGUGACGAAGAGAUAAACGAGGCUGCAUCUGGAUUCAAUUCAGGAUUAAAUGCCGUGAUUGAUGGACUCAAACCUUCUUUUCCUAACCUUAAAAUCGCUUCUCUCGAUUAUCACAAUCUGAUAUCCGAGUUCAUUGCAAAUCAUAGCAUAUAUGGCUUGGAGGUGAUUGCAAGGGGUGGCUGUGGAACGGGCAUCUUAGAAACUUUAUUGUUGUGCAACAAAUUUACUCCCUUUACAUGUCCCGAUGCUUCCAAAUAUCUGUUCUUUGAUUCCGUCCACCUUACUCAGAAGGCAUAUCAAAACAUUUCUAGUGUAUUUUUAACUAGAGAUGUUCCUCAACUUCUUUAUGGUUGUUAUUAGUAGAUAUAUUUGUAAUUGAAUAUCAUAUGCUGCAAAAGUAUUCCGUGCAAA